CUUUCUAUAAAACUCCAGCGCCCCCCGCCGCCGCCGUUAGCAGCCGCAAAAUUCUCCCAAUCACCUCGCCUGCCGCACGCACCUCGGAACCCUAGCCCCGGCUACACCCACAGAUCCGGCGGCCUUAUUCGGCGGAGUCGGCUGCUCCUAUCCCCGGUCGGCACUCCGGCACCACCGCUCCCCGGCGUCCCGCGCCGGACUACCCCGCCUGCGCACUUCCCCCGGCGUCGUCCCGAGGAAUCGCGCGGUCUUCAGGCUUCGUCUCCGCCCUACCGGCCUCGACUCGAAGGGAUCCGCGAGCUUCCCGCCGUCGUCGAUCGCCUCCCGUAGAUCGAUUUGAUCUGUGAUUCUUCUAUUGUUGAAUUUCCGUGUAUUUCAUCUAAGAAAAAAGAAGAUUCAGGCCAUCUUGUGAAAAUUGUGAGAAAAGAGAGGCCUCGAGGUCUCGCCACCCAUCCAUCAUGGGUGUUGUGUAUUACCAAUAUAAGAGUGAAAAGGAUAUCUAUUCGAUGCAAGUGCCCCAUGCUUUUAUCUCUGUCUCUGAGCUUAAGCAGCUUAUCAAGACGAGUGAUAAGCACGGUCGUGGGCGAACCCGCGGCCGUCCUACAGAGGAUAUUAUCAUCUCCAACGCCCAGACUGGCGAAGAAUAUACAGAUGAAAGAGCAUUGGUACUACAAAACACCACUGUGCUGGUCCGCAGAAUUUGCAUUCCUGGACAAUUAUCAGAGAAAAUUAUCUUGUCCCCUGUGCGGGAAGUCACAGAAGGAUGUUCUGCACCUUCAAGCAAGUCAGUGGUUACUGACUCAAACUCAAAAUCAUAUUCCUCUGUAGGAGUGCAAGAUGAAGAUGCUGCAAUCGCAGCAGUGAUAAAUGCAGCUGAAUUGAAAUUGGAGCAGCACCUGUCUAAAAGAGGGCAAGGCAGUGGAAGAUGUAACUAUGGUCAUGGACCAUUGGAAGGGGAGACACCUCCACCAGGCUACGUCUGCCGCUCUUGCAGCGUUCCAGGCCAUUUCAUUCAACAUUGCCCACGGGAAAGCAAGACACCUCCACCUGGAUACAUCUGCUACAGAUGCCGAAUCCCAGGGCAUUUUAUUCACCAUUGCAUGACCAUUGGUGAUCCCAAGUUCCACAAUAAUAAAAUGAGUCGGUCUCUUGCCCCAGUAGUAACUGUAAGUCCUGUCAAUGGCAUUCUGGAAGAAUUUGUCCCAGCUGCACCAGUGAGUGCUGUUGAUGACUUGCCAGCAGAGCUCCACUGCCGACUGUGUAAAAAAGUGAUGAUAGAUGCAGUGUUGACAAGCAAGUGCUGUUUUGACAGUUUUUGUGAUAAAUGCAUUCGGGAUUACAUUAUUACGGAAUCAAAGUGCUUUUGUGGAGUCAAGGCGCUAGCAGAUGACCUCAUUCCCAAUCAUACACUUCGGAGCACAAUCAGCAAUAUGUUGGGAACACGGGCUAGCAGCGGUGGAAGUGGUACAACCAAGCACAGAAGCUCGUCAGGAAGCAACCUUGAUUCCAGAUUACAGAGCCAUACCCCUUCUGCUACCUCAGAAAGGAAGAUGAAGCAAUCAACGAACCUCCAGCUAUCAGCAGGAUUUGCACCUGAUGAUGGACUCCAGGUUGCUACAAAAGGUGAUCUUGUGAACCAGCCUCUAGAUAAAUCGGCCGCCAAUGUUGAUACCCUGAGCAAAGAUGAAGGCAGUUCUGCAGAAUUGUCAGUAGAAAAGGCUGCAGCAGGUGCUGAAGUCCUCAAAGUCAAAGAUGGAAGUGGAUCCACAUCAAAGGUCACUACUAUUUCAGGGGCCCUAGAAUACAAUGCCACUAGGACAAAUCAACCCAAGAAGAAGCGGAAGAAGGCAGACUCAACUAAGAACGUUCAGCCUAACAAUGUUGACUAUGGUUACAACGUUCCAUUUGACCCUGCAUAUUACAACCCUUUUGUCAGUGGAUAUCCUUGGGCACCUGAACCUUACAUGUACAGCUCUAUAGGGAUGCCUUACGGUGGUUAUCCAAUGGACCCAUAUGGUGUAAAUUCCUUCAAUGGCAUGCCAUUGCAGGCUCAUGCUAUGCAAGGCUAUCCAGCAAGUUAUCAAAGGCCCGAAACUCAGCCCAUGCAUUACCGGGGCAGUGAAGCUGUUGCAACACGUCCAAGGCAGGCUGAGAGACCUAAGGACAGUAGUCUUCAGCCCCAAUCAUCAGAGCGCAACCGCCAACUGGGAUCGUCUCGUGGAUUAGAAUCAAGGAACAGAGCAAGGUCGGGCUCCGAGAGAGGGGACCAUGGGCGUUCUGACAGGGUCUCCGAUGACUUCUAUGAGAGUCAGUCGAGUAGGAAGAGGAUGCGCCAUCCUUCUCCAGUGCAUGGCGACAAGCAGAGCAGCCAGAGAUCGAGGCAUAGUUCCAGGAUUCGUGAGGAUUCAAGCGACGAUGAACGCAACUUCAAGAGGAGAUGGGGCCGCAGAUCAUCAGUCAGUGUGGAGAUAAAGCACUGAGGAAUGAAGAUGGGACGUGGGAGUACAAGUGGAGCAUUGCUGAUCUCCAAUGUUCGCUUAUAGAAUUAUUUUACAUGUAAUUGUAUUGUAUGUAUGCCCUCAAAAGUCGAAAGAGGAAAGCUUCUCAGAAAGCAGAGGAAAAUUAGCAGAUUUUCCCGAGGCCAAAUGUAGUCAGAUAUUGAUAUACCGCUCUGUACUAAUGAGAGCAUUGCCAGCUCUCGUGUCUGUAAUGCAAUAUGCAGUGUCUUCGAAGAUAAAUGGAGUUUCUCUAAUUUCCGCGUGAUUCUAAA